GGCCGCAGCCGGCCAGCAGUGCGGGGGACGAGGCAGAACAGGAAGGCCCGAGGGUCCGCGUGCCGCCCGGGGAGGGAGCGCGAGCACCAGGGACUUGGCCACCGCCGCGCCCUGCCCGCGCCAUGAUCCAGCCGAUGCCCCGGCUCUCGGUGCCCGCCGCGCUGGCCCUGGGAUCGGCCGCUCUGGGCGCUGCCUUCGCCACCGGCCUUUUCCUGGGGAGACGGUGCUCUUCGUGGCGACUCCGGCGGGAGAAGCGGCUGCUGCCCCCCGAGGACAGCCCCCUGUGGCAGUACCUGCGGAGCCGCUCCUUGCGGGAGCACCCGGCGCUGCGGAGCCUGCGGCUGCUGACCCUGGAGCAGCCGCGGGGAGAGGCCAUGAUGACCUGCGAGCAGGCCCAGCUUCUGGCCAACCUGGCGCGGCUCAUCAGGGCCGAGAAGGCGCUGGACCUGGGCACCUUCACAGGCUACUCGGCCCUGGCCCUGGCGCUGGCCCUGCCCCCGGGCGGGCGCGUGGUGACCUGCGAGGUGGACCCGGGGCCCCCGGAGCUGGGGCGGCCCCUGUGGCGCAAGGCCGAAGAGGAGCACAAGAUGGACCUGCGGCUGAAGCCCGCCCUGGAGACCCUGGACGAGCUCCUGGCCGCGGGAGAAGCCGGCACCUUCGACAUCGCCGUGGUGGACGCCGACAAGGAGAACUGCGCCCUCUACUACGAGCGGUGCCUGCAGCUGCUGCGCCCGGGAGGCGUCCUGGCCGUCCUCAGGGUGCUGUGGCGGGGAGAAGUGCUGCAACCCCAACCGCCAGACUUGGAAACCCGGUGCGUCCAAAACCUCAACGAGCGCAUCCUGCGCGACGCCCGGGUGCACAUCAGCCUCCUGCCCCUGGGCGACGGCCUCACCUUGGCCUUCAAAAUCUAAGGUGGCCCCAGCGGUCCCCUCCGUGGAGGGGACCUGGGAAUCCCAGCCAUCGACCCGUUUUAAAUGUCAAUAAAGUGGGUCCUAGACACAA